AUGUCGCUAUGGGAACUGAGGUUCCAUGACACGGCCAAGAUGCCGGAACCUGUUCGACGAGCGGCCCUUAGAAAUGGGCACAAGCAGCUUGAUUUUCUCCUUGGUAUUCGAAAUCAAGCUAUUCCAUAUGCUUCAUCUGAAGACAUUUGCAUUUACGCCUCUUUCGUCCAACUUCCUCCGACUACCCCUGAUGAGGCCGAGAGCUCGGACUCGUGGGAGCAUGGUUCAGAUAGUGAUAGUGAAGCUACCACCGAGCACGAGUCUGACCAAGAGCAAGAGAACGAUGACGAGGACCCCUGGGAUGCCCAAGCUGCAGCAAGCGCUACAGCCGUGGAUGAGGCAGACGCCGUUGACUCGCAAGACCACACUGGAUCUGACGAGCACGCCGGAAACGCAAACCUAGCCGAUGCUGAGACCGCCGUGGAUGAGACCUUUGAUCAUGGCAUGAAGGCCCUUGCUGCAGCUUUACCUAGCGCCUCCACUCAAGCUCAGGCUUCUACCACCAAUACCACGACAGCAGAGAGUCCGGUAACUGCCAACAACUUUCUUACAAAUGAUUCCAGAAGCAGCGGGGGACAUAGCGGUCAGUCUUUGGGUGGAUCCAUGGAUGUCGCCCAAAGCACCAUCACCGAAGGCACCAACACAGAUGACAACCCACAGGGCAAUAGCCCGAAAUGGCUCAGGAAUACGCCCGGUGCUCCCUACAACAGCGAAAUGGCUGCCUCUCCCAGCAACGCAAACAGUACAGCAGAUCAGGAAGGCAGGGAGGCAGACGCCAACUCUGUCGGGGAGGUGGAAGACCAACCCGUCCGGCCCAACAACAUCCACGUCCCUAUUUAUAGGCGACCAAGUACCCUCCAUGAUACUCCCCCGACUUGGGCGGAUGAGUACAAAAAAUUCUUCGACAAAGCCUUUGAGGUUUGGAGUGUCUUUUACCACACUCGCGCACCCAGACCUCUCCGGGCACGACUCGGAGAUCUGCGUACACACGACGCAGCCGUCAAGCGGUACAACCUCAUCAACCUCGGUCUCUACCCUUGCGUCACUGCCGGCCAUCUCAUCGAACUGAAGCGUCGUAUCGACGAUGUUUCCCACUUCUGUGAUUUUCUGACUUGCAAUAUCAUGGAGAUCGAUAUUGCCAAGAACCUGAGGAGAGAUGUCCUGUACACCUAUCCCUGCAACUCGCCGCUUCGACUGCGGACCAAAGGCCUCGGAAGUUCUCUGCGCUUCGCGACCCAUGUAGACGAGGGCUGGGUUGACCCGGAGGACAACUGGGGAAUGCCUCCUCCCCCAAAGCAGAGAAUCCCCAUGCAGUUCCAUCCAUCGCAGAAUGCGUCUUGGUAG